AUGCUAUUGGCUGAAUCUAAUUGCACCAAUUUGAGUCGAAAAAGACGACGCGAUGGGAAAGAAAAGAACGUAGAAACUGCAUUGUCCGUUUGGUUUGCUCAAACCAGGACCAAAAAUGUACCAAUAAAUGGUAACAUAUUAACCCACAAAGCUACUAGCUUUGCUAAAACAAUGAAAAUGGAUGACUUUAUUCCUACUUCAGGUUGGCUUCAGCGUUGGAAAGAAAGAAACAACAUAUCAUUUAAACGCAUUUAUGGGGAGAAAAAAGAUUCCGAUAUAAAUGCUGCUGAAUACUGGUGCCAAUGGACAUUAAAAGAUCUUUUAAAAGAUUAUACACCGGAAAACAUUUAUAAUUGUGAUGAAACAGGACUCAUAUUCCGAGGUUUACCCGACCGGACACUAUCAUUUAAAAAUGAAAUACCGAUUGGAAGUAAAAAAAUGAAGGAUAGAUUAACUGUAAUGGUAUCCUGCAAUAUGACGGGUUCGGACAAACACCCAUUGAUGGUCAUUGGGAAAAGAAAGAAUCCUAGGUGCUUCAAAGGAAUCAAAACACUUCCAGUUAACUACGUUGUCAAUAAGGUAGCAUAUCAAUUUCAGUAG